CGUAAAGCCAGUUCAGUAGCCGAAAGGUACCAAGAUGGCGGAGGCUUCCUUGGGAAGUACAAGCCCAGUUGGCUCUUUGUCAUCGGAAGAUCACGAUUUUGACCCGACGGCAGAAAUGCUGGUGCAUGAUUUCGAUGAUGAGCGUACGCUAGAGGAAGAGGAGAUGAGGGAGGGCGAGUCAAGCGGGAGCUCGGAAAUCGCUGAUCUAGAGAAGGAGGGGAGCAUGCCGUUGGAAGAGCUGCUGGCGUUGUACAGAUAUGAAGCUGCAGACAGUGCUGUCGGAGGCUCGAGUGCGGACAGUUCAUCUGUAGAGCUGACCGAUGAGCUGCCCGAUAUGACGUUAGAUAAAGAGGAAAUCGCUAAAGAUCUGCUCUCUGGAGACGAUGAAGAAACACAAUCUUCUGCCGAUGACCUCACACCGUCUGUGACGUCACACGAAACCAAUGAUUUCUUCCCCAGGACUCUUCGCUCAAAUACGGUUUACGACGGAGACAAAGAAUCUGAGGGUGAGGAUGAUGGUUUGAGUCCUGAAGACACUCGCAAGGAGAUCAUGGUGGGAUCUGAAUAUCAGGCUGAAAUUCCUUCUCUCACCUGUUAUAAUGACAACGAAAAAGUGUACGCAGAGGAAGAUCAGCUGCUUUGGCAGCCAGAUGUCUUACCCGAGUCAAAAGUCAAAAGCUUCUUGCAGGACGCUCUGAGUGCGGAUGGAAAGAUGGACGGAGAUGGCAAAUGUUCUCUGGUCAAAGACAACGAGCAGGCUUUAUAUGAGCUUUUAAAGUGUAACUAUAACAUCCAGGAAGCUCUUGAACGGUAUUGCAGCAACCACAAGUCCUCAAAGGUCGAGAUGCUCCCGUGGUCUGAAGACGAAUGUCGAAAUUUUGAACACGCUCUUCUGUUGUACGAGAAGAACUUCCACCUCAUUCAGAAACACAAAGUGAACACACGAACGGUGGCAGAAUGUGUUGCGUUUUACUACAUGUGGAAGAAGUCCGAGCGAUUCGAAUUUUUCGUCCAGCAAAACCGGUUUGGGAAGAAGAGGUUCAGUAGUUAUCCUGGCGUUACGGAUCUGAUGGAUCGGUUGGUGGAUGAGGCUGAGGGUUUGGUGGAUGCUUCUGUGUGUUCCAGCAGCAGCGGCAGGAUAGAGCCUCCAACCGAACAACAGCUCAACCUGCUUAACUCCAUCACAGCCAGUGACCUCUCCGCGCUGACGAGCACGGUGGCGUCGGUGUGUAACCCCGCAGACGUCAGCUGUCUGGACUCCUACAACUUCUCCUCGCUGGACGGGCUGCACCGCGGGCCCCUGAGUCACGAAGAGCCACUCAACUACUCCAGCGACGGAGACUGCCUCAACCUGCUGGAAACCGGCUUCUACCACUCGGACCUCGGGCAGAUCAGCGUGUGUGGAGAGGACUGCGAGCGGCCCCCGGCCAAGCGGCUGAAGAUGGGCCUGUCGGAACCCUUCAUAAACGACAACAGGAGCAUGGGCGUGGAUUUCGAGGGCCGCACGCACCACAUCACAAGUGCCAAAAUGGCGGUUUCGGUCAGUGACUUUGGCGAGGCGGGCAGCUACAUGGGAGCGCACACACUACUGCAGUCGGAGUAACACGAGCGUGCAUGCCAACUCUCACGGGACUAGCUGCAAUUCAACUUGUGCAUAGCUGCAUAUUCCUUUGAAUAUUUGCUUUAUUUAGUUUUCCUGAUUAUAUACAUGUGUAUAUAUAUGUACAGAUCUUUUUUUUUUUUUUACUAUGACAUCAGUGAUGUCUAAUUGUACAGACCUAAAUCUUGAUUUCUCAAGAGUUAAUACAGCCAUUUAUUUUCCAGUCUUGAAUUUUUUGGAAGUGUCAUAUAAACGUUGUCUACGUCCGAAUACUGUGGAAAACUGAACUCGCAUACUUGGCCCGAGGGCAAGGGGUUUUACUAAGCCAUCAUGACGACUGGCUGUCAGCUCAGCCUCUCCUCUGUGGUUCCCAUCAGUGUUUACAGCUCAGCCUUCAUCUGAAAGGCAUCUACGACCCCUUCUUCGUUUCGUUACGCACCAUUUUGAGCACAAGAACCUGGAAGAAGUUCAGCCUUGGGAGAUUUUCUGCUAUGUUGACGGACUGCAAAAACAAACCUACGAACAAUUGAAAGUGGUUCUUGCAAAUAUAUAGGCUCUAAAUACAAUAGAGGUAUUACGACGUGUGUGAUUAAAAUGUUUUUUUCCUACUUCUACGCAUAUUUAUUAGUGCUCCUCUUGCUUUAGCAGUUGGCGUUUGGCGUAUUUAUUGCAAUGAAGACCAUUGGACUGCAUCAUGGUCGUUUUUGUUUCCCGAAAUGGUUGAGAGAUACUGGCACACGUGUUCGUGUUUUUUUUGUUUUUGUUAAUUUCGAUAUUUUGAGAUCACUAUUUAUUGAAAAACCGUUUUGCAGGGAUUUUCCCUUCAGUGACCGAUUAUGCAACGUUGUAAAUGUUUUUUCUGGCACGGCGUUUGUUUGCUGCAAGCACUGACCUAACGUUUAUCUAUGCAUCGAGAAUCGCUUACAAAUGAAACGGAUCAUUUCGGACCUUGUUUGCUCGUUUUUCCAGCUUUCCCGAGUUUUACUUUACACGCUCUUGUAUGGCAAUAAUUUGUAAAUAUGUACAGAUACCCGACAUACCUUGCUGUUUUUUUCUUCCUCGGCAAACAGACUUGAACUUGAAGACUUGCUUUUGAGUCUGCGUAUGCCACAAGAAUGCCUUCUCGACUUUACCAUUCGUUCAACGCUUUUUCUCACAACAGAUUUGCUUAAGAAGAGAGUUAUUUAUUUAUUUAUUUAUUCACUCAGCUGCAAGUGUGUUAGCGUUCUGUACACGAGUGAAAUACGGCCGGAGACGAAGGGCUAGCUGAAUGUACAGUAUUAUCACAUCUUAGGGAUUUACUGAACUCGAAUGUCUCUCGGUUAAGGCAGAAGCCCGGUUUGCAGUGUUGCCUUAACCCUCAUUCAAACCGUGCAUGUUGAAUCGACCUGGAAAAUGCUUGGGAGGCGAUCUAUUGGACGGCUCGUGCUGUGUCUGUAAAAUCGUGUUUCCUCGUACCUGCGGCCAGAAUCCUCCUUUAUUUUUAUUUGUUUUUUUGGUCUUGACAUACUUGAAGGAUGCGUAUUGAUUGAUUUAAAUACAAUAUUCUCCAAUUCAGUCCUGUAGGUUGUGCAAUUCAUUCCUUCUGUCCCUCCAAGAAUCGAAAAGAGCUUUAGGAAAUUGUGUUGGUGCAGUAAUUUGUCCAAAGUUUGUAUAAAAAAAAGUUAAUGGCUUAAAAUUGUAAUGUAGUAAUGGUUGUCUGCUUCAAAUGUACAUUGAAAAACCUUCCCUUAUCCUUGGAAUGUUUUAUGCUUUAUUUUGUUUCAUAUUCAAUCAUUCGCUUUUAU